CGUACUGCUCGCUGAUCCGACAUCUGCUAGCGCCAAGCUUCCCCCCACUACCAUGCGACUUCUACAACGUGAGAAAAGCAGAGUCAGGCUCACAAAGGACCUAGUCGGCGACGAUCCGAUUCCUCCCUAUGCCAUACUCUCGCACACAUGGGGAGCGGAUACCGAGGAGGUGACUUUCGAAGAUGUGACAAAUGGCACCGGCGAGAAAAAGCUUGGGUAUGAGAAGAUCCGGUUCUGUAGAGAUCAAACCAGACAAGAUGGAUUACAAUACUUUUGGAUUGAUACCUGCUGCAUCGACAAGACAAACCACGGCGAACUCUCGCGCGCGAUCAACUCGAUGUUUCAGUGGUAUCGCAAGGCGACUCGGUGCUACGUGUACCUGUCGGAUGUUUCGACUAGGAAGAGGAAAUUGUGUGAGGACUCAAGAGACAGUUGGGAACCGGAUUUCCGGAAAAGCAGGUGGUUCACUCGGGGAUGGACACUCCAAGAGCUCCUGGUGCCAGCGUCGAUCGAAUUCUUCUCCCGGGAAGGCAAGCGACUUGGUGACGGAAAUUCGCUAAAGCAACAAACUUACGAGAUAACGGGUAUUCCUCAGUCAGCACUUCAAGGAGGCCCUUUAUCUCAAUUCAGCGUCGAAGAACGAUUUUCAUGGAUACAAUCCCGCCAGACGAAGCUUAAGGAAGAUCGAGCCUACUCAUUGCUAGGCAUUUUCGGCGUAUAUAUAUCACCUCGUUAUGGCGAAGGGAUGAAGAGCGCGUUUAAACGGCUUCAAGAAGAGAUCGAUAAGCUAGAGAAAUGUAUCCAAGAUUUACGACUCACCGACCCGCGCCAUGACAAGAAGCGUAUCGAAGCUACGAAGGGUGGCUUACUAGAAGACUCGUACCGCUGGAUCCUCGACAACUCCGACUUUCAACAAUGGCGCAACGACCAAAGCAGCCGGCUGCUCUGGAUUAAGGGCGAUCCCGGAAAGGGAAAAACUAUGCUGCUCUGCGGUAUUAUCGACGAGCUAAAUAUAUGUAUAGCCAAGUCGGAUCUUCUCUCCUACUUCUUCUGUCAGGCGACUGAUUCUCGAAUCAACAAUGCCACGGCCGUGCUACGAGGUCUGAUAUAUUUGCUUAUCGACCAACAGCCAUCUCUGAUCUCACACGUACGGGAGAAGUACGAUCAUGCCGGCAAAACACUCUUCGAGGACGCAAAUGCCUGGGUUGUUCUAUCUGAGAUCUUCACCAACAUUCUUCACGACCGGAGCUUAACUACGACGUAUUUGGUCGUCGACGCACUCGACGAAUGCGUGGAAGGCUUACCGAAACUGUUGGACUUCAUUGUACAGAUGUCGUCUACAUCCCCCCGCAUCAAGUGGAUCAUUUCUAGUCGAAACUGGCCUAGUAUCGAGGAGAAUCUCGACGCUGCGACGCAGAAGGUGAGGCUGUGUCUUGAACUGAACGAAAAAUCGGUCGCUGCUGCCAUUACGACAUUCAUCCAGUUCAAGGUGGAUAUGCUAGCGGAACGAAAGAGAUACAGCGAUGAUACACGAGACGAUGUCCAUCAUUACCUGUCGCUCAACGCAAAGGGCACUUUUCUUUGGGUGGCUUUGGUGUGCCAAGAACUCGCCAAUGCCUCUGAAUGGGAAGCUGAAGAGAUGGCUUUAGCGUUUCCACCAGGUCUCGAUCUUCUGUACAAACGGAUGUUGGAUCAGAUCUACAGUUCGAGAUAUGCAAAGCUAUGCAAAAGCAUAUUGGCCAUCGUCUUGACAGUACGCCGGCCAAUUACUUUAGACGAGUUGGUAUGCUUCGUCAAUAUGCUUAACAGAGUUGCUGGCAAAUACGAAGCUCUAUCGGAGAUUAUUGGGCUUUGUGGCUCAUUUCUGAAUAUCCGAGAGCACACUAUAUACCUUGUUCACCAAUCGGCGAAGGACUUCUUGGCCCACAAGCAACGCAACGAGAUCCAUCCAUCUGGGAUAGAAGACACACAUCGCACCAUAUUCUCCCAAUCACUUCAAGUCAUGUCUAAAACCCUAAGACGUGACGUCUAUGGUCUAGGUGCUCCGGGGCUCCCCAUUGAUCAAGUCAAGCAACCCGAUCCAGAUCCGCUAUCUUCAGUGCGAUACUCGAGUAUCUAUUGGAUCGACCAUCUGCUGGACUGUGCACCGACUAAGAAUGCGACUAAUGACCUCCAAGAUGGUGGAUCUAUCAACAUAUUCCUACGUCAGAGAUACCUCUACUGGCUCGAGGCUCUGAGCCUUUGUAGAAGUAUGUCGGAAGGGGUGGUCUCUAUGGCGAAACUCGAGGACCUCAUUCAAAGAAACGCGGACGAGUCUGGAUUGCUCAAACUCGUCAAAGAUGCGCGCCGAUUUAUCAUGUCUCACAAGCUGGCAAUAGAAACCAGUCCUCUCCAGGCGUAUGCGUCUGCACUACUAUUCAGUCCGGCGCGCAGUCUAAUUAGAGGACUCUUCAAGCACGAAGAGCCGAACGGGAUCACGAUUCAGCCGGCUAUAAGCGAUGAAUGGAGCGCCUGCCUCCAGACCCUUGAGGGGCAUAGCGAUCGGGUCAUAUCGGUGGUCUUUUCACGUGACUCGACCCGGCUCGCCUCCGCGUCGUACGACAAGACCGUCAAGAUCUGGGAUCCGAGCAGCGGCGCGUGCCUCCAGACCCUUAAGGGCCACAGUGGUUGGGUCGGCUCGGUGGUCUUCUCGUCCGACUCGACCCGGCUCGCUUCAGCGUCGAGGGACACCACCGUCAAGAUCUGGGAUGCGAACAGCGGCGCGUGUCUCCAGACCCUUAAGGGCCACAGCGAUUCCGUCAGCUCAGUGGUCUUCUUACGUGACUCGAGCCGGAUCGCCUCCGCGUCGUCCGAUAAGACCGUCAAGAUCUGGGAUGCGAGUAGCGGCGCGUGUCUCCAGACCCUCGAGGGCCAUAGCGAUCGGGUCAGCUCAGUAACCUUCUCAUGUAACUCGACCGCGCUCGCCUCUGCGUCGGAAGACAAGACCGUCAAUAUUUGGGAUCCGAGCAGCGGCGCGUGUCUCCAGACCCUCGAGGGUCAUAGCGGUAGGAUCAGUGAAGUAGCCUUCUCUCGUGACUCGACCCGGCUCGCCUCCGCAUCAUUCGACAAGUCCGUCAAGAUCUGGGAUGCGAGUAGCGGCGUGUGUCUCCAGACCCUUAAGGGCCACAGCAAUAGGGUCAGCUCAGUGGCCUUCUCAUGUAACUCGACCGCGCUCGCCUCCGCGUCGUACGACAAGACCGUUAAGAUCUGGGAUCCGAGCAGCGGCGCGUGUCUCCAGACCCUUAAGGGCCAUAGCGGUCCGGUCUACUCGGUGGUCUUCUCACGUGACUCGACCCGGCUCGCCUCCGCGUCGUACGACGAGACCGUCAAGAUCUGGGAUCCGAGCAGCGGCGCGUGUCUCCAGACCCUUGAGGGCCAUAGCGAUUGGGUCCGCUCGGUGGCCUUCUCACUUGACUCGACCCGGCUCGCCUCCGCGUCGGACGACGAGACCGUCAAGAUCUGGGAUGCGAGCAGCGGCGCGUGUCUCCAGACCCUCGAGGGCCACGGCGAGAGGGUUAUGUCGGUGGUCGUUUCACGUGACUCGACCCGGCUCGCUUCAGCGUCGGAUGAUAAGACCGUCAAGAUCUGGGAUGCGAGUAGCGGCGUGUGUCUCCAGACCCUUAAGGGCCACAGCAAUGGGGUCAGCUCAGUGGCCUUCUCAUGUAACUCGACCGCACUCGCCUCCGCGUCGUACGACAAGACCGUUAAGAUCUGGGAUGCGAGCAGCGGCGCGUGUCUCCAGACCUUCGAGGGCCAUAGCGAGCUAGUCCGCUCGGUGGCCUUCUCACUUGACUCGACCCGGCUCGCCUCCGCGUCGGACGACGAGACCGUUAAGAUCUGGGAUAUAAGUAGCGGCGUGUGUCUCCAGACCCUUAAGGGCCACAUCGGUUGGGUCAUGUCGGUGGUCUUCUCGUCCGACUCGACCCGGCUCGCUUCAGCGUCGAUGGACACCACCGUCAAGAUCUGGGAUGCGAACAGCGGCGCGUGUCUCCAGACGCUCGAGGUUGAAAAGAGUCUCCAUAACGUACUAUUCGACGCUACCAGUUCUUUACUUCAAACUGAUAUCGGGACUAUCGCGAUAGACCCGUCAUCAGCUUCCUUUACGAACGCGAUUGAAACACAUCCUCAAGGUCUCCAAUAUAAAGGGGUAGGGUUAAGUUCAACUGGAGUGUGGAUCACAUAUGAUUCUGAGAACAUUUUGUGGCUACCUUCAGAGUAUCGGCCGUCAUGUUCAUCUGUGUCCGCGAAGACUGUAGGUAUCGGCGUGGGAUCUGGAAAGAACUAUUUCUUCAGGAUCCAAGUUUUGGGUCCGACCGUGGUGGCUUCUUCUCCUCGUAGGUGGAGCGCAGGCGAGCCCAGUACGUUGGUUAUACCUCGUGAUGGUUGCACGGCCACACUGUACAGAUGAUGACUCUGUCCCGGUUAGCGCGCCAAGGCCAAGCGCGGCUGAUGUAAG